CUUUGGGAGAAGCUCUUUUCUGGUCUCACAACCCUCUUCAGUGGCUUCUGGGCAUUGUCCCGAAAGGCCACUUCUUUUUCCCCUCCCUGGGGCGGCUGCCMGAGUUCAGAAACACUGUUCGGGCUGCGAAGAGGAGGAGCAUAAAGCUACAGUGUGCUUCCAAGGUACGAAUUUAUUUAUAUAACAACUGAAAGUAAAACAGAAUGGAGGAGGGGGUGGAGCAAUUGCUGCUGUCACUUGUGCAARCCUUAUCCUAACUUCUGUGUCAACUUGCUGCUCAACGUUCCGAGACUUGUCCCAAAAUGUAGUCUCCUGAUGCAGAUGCUGUGCUUCUCUUCUGAGUAAUGGUCCAGCAGGCAGGAUGCUGGGGAUGGCACGGCCAACACAAAAUUCUGCUGGAGCACUGAGCAUGCUGCAGAGUCAGAAAACACACCUGAAAAGUAUUUGUCUGCAGUACCCGCUGUAUCGGCUUCUGAACAGCCAUGGCUUUUGCCCUUUAAAGAAUGGGAUGGGACUAAUCAUCUUCUUCCUAUGUGCUUAUGUACCAAAGACAGAAGCAGGUCAUUGCAAGUGGGCAGAAGUUCUGAAAGAUUUGGAGAGGAUCAAGACAUCCAAAGAUAUUGAUGUCAGUUUAUACACUGCAAAUGCAGAUGAGGAUGAGGAAUGCCAAGAACUUGUAAUGAGGUGCUUUUUCUUAGAGACAGAAGUGAUUAUUCAAGAAUGCCGUAUCAAAAAUUGUAGUAAAACACAGGAUGUAUGGAACAUAUGGAAAAAUGGAAAUGCAACCUUUGACAAAAAUAAGUUGACUUCCACAAAAUCAGCAAAAUGCAAAGAAUGUGAAGAAUAUGAAGAAAAAAGUUUUACAGAAUUUGUACAGAACUUUGUAAAGGUUAUACAGAGGGAUUGCAAACACUGAGCAAAUGACACAAGCUGGGAAACAAGACUCUUCCAUGAACAUCCUCAGAGAAACGUGAUUAUCGCCAAAAAAUAAACUGGAAAAAGAACAUAAUUUACAAUCCUCUUGGCUAUCUCAUAAUAUAUCUACUUCUGUUGUGGUUUUCAGGAAUACUCAAUUACUUGUUUGAACAAAGAACUCGAAGUCAAAAAUUAGAAUAUUUAUAAAGUCAAAAAUUAGAAUAUUUAUUUAAAGACUCUUCCUUGCCUUUCCACCCUUUUGUACAAUGCUAUCAUAAGGGCAUUAAAAAUUAUCUCCAGUCUUCUCACAGAAGGUAAAGCUUGUGCUUGGUUCUACUGUCCGAUGACAACAUGUUUUGUUCCUUCGUUUGUUACCUCUAACAUGACUUUACUCAUUAAUGUGAUGACUACAACUCCUUUAGCAGUUAUCAAAGAUUUCAGUUGAAAUUUCUACCAAAGCAGUAUUAAUUUCUUUCUUUGAAUAAAGGARGUGACUGAGUCUCUUACACAAAAAYACCCCAAACCAAAACAAAAAAUCUUUCCUGUGUAGUAAAGUUUGUAACUUUAGUCUCUUUUGGCAAAGGAACUUUGAAGACAGGAAUCACUUUUGACCAAUUAUUGGGAAUCAUAAUAACUAUAUUUCUAAGUCUCAUUGCAGUCACCUGUCCUCUGGWAUUUCUGGAAUGCUGCCCAGUCUUCUUCAAAACUAACUGCUUUCCUCAUGAUUCAUAUCCAUGUCAUACCAGCCGCUAUCCAUAAUAAGUAAUUCUUUCCUCCAGGCACCUCCAUUUCUCUAUCUUCACUUGAUAAAUGGCUGAGUCAUKCAGCUGUCCACUUACCAAGAAAGAAGUCUCAAUCUCAUUAUGGCAACAAACACACUGCCUGCUUCUCUCUUAUUGUUGGGAUGCUCCCAGCAGUCAAUCUUUAACACUCUGAAGAGAUAAAUCUCCAGUAAACUACAAGAGGAAGAACAUAAAUGUGAGCACGUGGGAUGUUAUCUUUCAGGGGACUUGUAGACAAACAAGUUGGUAAAUKCAUAAGCACAUGGGUAUCAGCAUUAAUCACUGGUAGACAUAUCGUAGAUGAAAAUAUUUUUUGCCACCACAAAACAUCCACAAAAGAAGUGUUUAUUACAUAAUUUGGAUUAAAUAAAUUCAUCCUACAUUUUAAAUUUUUCCAUAAAUCAGUGGUAUUCACUGAAUAUGAUUUUCCCUUACCAGAUGUCAUAUGCAUCGGUAAUGUAAUAUCAAGUUUCAACUUUGAUCUUUAGUCCAAGAGAUAAAGGGAUUUCUCUUAUUUUUAGUUUUUAGAGAGCAGCAGUAGACUCAUGGAGAGCCAAAGAGCUGCUUUGCUCAGAGUUCUCUUUAUCUUGACUCUUUUGAARAUAAAUUUCCUAAUUAAUUUUGUUUUUCAUUAAAUCCUUCACCAGUGGCAACUGUGUUAAAUACUGUGAAUUUUUCUUUCCAAAGAAAAUUGCUAAGUCUGUGGCUCAACUUGUCACCCUGUUAGCCACUUUCUGUAGGACACUGGCCAUAUCCCUUUUAUUUCAUUAUACCUCCACCUGGUCCAGGUGCAUAUUCUGGGAUGAAAAGAGGCCAUUUGCUAAUCUAGSUCUCCAGCAUUUCUCCCAGGGUUUAGGGUUUUGKUUUUUUUUUGAGAGCUAAGCAGCCAGGUGAAAGCUUUACUAUAUCCCAGAUCAAAUGGUGAUAAUAAAUUAUCUGAUUGAUAUAAAGGAUGGACCAAAUUAAGGACAGCUUGAUAUUUGUUUGGGUUUUGGUUGGUUUGUUGGUUUUUUUUAGUUAGGAAACUCAUAUAUAUUCCAGAACAAAAGUUUCAAUAUGACUAAAACAUGGACRCAGCUGAUUUGACUUGUUAGUUCUGCAGGCAGAACAGUAUAAACUGAUUCAGAGUGGCUAUUUUUGAAGUAAACAUCCCCAGGUUGAAGAAGGCAUUUCUUCUACAMAAGGUUGAGUUAUUUGUGUGGCAUUUACCAACUGCUGUGGACAAAUAUUAAGGAAAAGAUUAAUACUCUAUUUUCUCCAAUUAAUCCUAUUCAGUUUGGGGACUAAGGUGACUCAUAGCAGAGUGUUCCUACAUACAAAAAGAAAAAUAAUUCUACCUUUUGACAAGAAAAGAGAAGAAUAAUGCUCUUCCCCAGAAGUUUUGGACUAUGUAGUUCUGUGCUCCUGAGUGUGCUAAUUUAAAAUAUGCUUUUCCUUUCCAUUCCUAUUACUCAGUAUCCCUGUUUCUUGUCUGUAUCCUAACAGGAUAAUGCAAGUAGUCCUAGUGCAGGUGAUGUCUGACAUACUCUGCCUUCUUGAUGUUAUAUUGGACUCUGAAGAGAUAUAUAUAAGUUGUUCAUCCAUAGAAYGUUGCCUCUAGUGGCUCUCAAAUAUUUGAGCUUCUGUUGAUCAGGUACUGUUGAGAUGAUUUCACAGACAUUUUAAAUUCUGAAUGGCAGGUACCUUUCUUGUUGGGAUGUUCACUGUUUUGAGGAAAACAUAAAAGAGGAAAUUCUUUGACUGCAGUGAAGUAGCUGGGGAAUCAAYAGCAACUUCAGAUUAUCCAUCUUGUUCAUAUGGCUAUGUGAGAAAAACCAUAGUAAAGAAAUGUACUUUAAAAUCCAUUCUAGCUCCAUGUGGCAAAAGCUCAGAGAGACAAUGAAUAUUUGAGUCAGUGAGCCCAGUGCGGGCUAUUGUACAAUGGUAGCAUGUACAAAGGAAAGCAAAGAGUGUAUU